AUGCCGGCGGUGCCUACACCGCUGGUCGGGGGCGGCCACGAUGUUAUUAUGCAUGAAGACACAGUGACCGGACAAAGGCGACCCCCGACCGAGACCUCCUCGCCAAACCCUAAGGGCGAACGAGAGGCGCAGCAGUCCAAGAAAAGGGUGAAACAAACGGUUCCGAUACCAGGUGAAUCCAGUCAGGCAGGGGGAUCGGCGGAGAAGGUAGGAGCUGAUAGGAAACAAACGAUACCCCCGGCCGGUACCAAAACCCCGGCAUGGGGGGAUGGGAAAGGGGCGGCGAGACGGCUUUUCAGCGAGGCGCCUCGGUCUGAGAUGUGGUACAUUGCAGAUUCGGACUCUGAAGAUGUGAUGGCCAGCAUACGUGAGGAUGGUUUGGAGCAUGAUGGCGAAGGCGAGGGUGAUCCUAAGUGCCCGGCUAUUCAUUACACCGCGGCGGAAGAGAGAAUGUUCUGUCGUCAAUGGAGAUCAGCCCUUGUGGUGAAGGCGCUAGGGCGAACAGUCUCAUACACGAUGAUGCUGAAGCGUUUGCAGAGCAUUUGGGAGAAGGCGGGAUCGAUUCAAGUAAUGUCGGUUAAAAAAGGCUACUUCCUCGUUCGUUUCACGAGUGGGAUAGACUAUGAGAGAGCUUUAACAGGUGGACCGUGGCUAGUGGGUGAUAACUACUUAACCGUACACCCAUGGACGAAGGACUUUAAUCCAUACGAACAUGAGAUUUCGUCGACCCUUGUUUGGGCUAGACUGUUGGAGCUGCCGAUCCACUAUUUCCACCCGGUGGCGGUAAUGAGGAUUGGAGAACGUACAGGGAAACCCAUGCGGGUAGACCAUGCAACACUGUCGGGGGCGCGAAGCGACUACGCCCGAGUUUGCGUCCAAGUUGAUUUAACUCGACCUUUGUUAUCCCAAUUUACUAUCCACGGGAAGAAGUACUUCAUUCAAUAUGAGGGGCUUGACAAAAUAUGUUUGCAGUGUGGUACGUAUUUCGAGCGCAUUCGGUGCUCUUGCAUGGGGAGGAAUGAGGAAAUGGAGGUGGAGGAACCCGCUGCUACCCCUACAAGGACUGAGCCUAAGCAACCAGAUACAGUGUAUGGGGAGUGGAUGAUCGCUAAGAAGAAGCCAAGGUCUCGCAGGCCGACCUCAGAGCCGGAAAGGGGAAGCCAAGAAAAGCGGAGAGUUCAGGUACAAGAGAGGGAAAGACAAAAUGGGUCUCGAUUUAAUGUACUGGAGGUGGAAGAGAUAGGGGGAAAAUCUAACGAGAGGGAGAAAGAGAAGGAGGCUGUGAACCUGACCAACUGUGAGCAGUCCAAAUCCAAUACAAAAGUGGACCCGCCGGUGGAUCAACCACCCUCGGACCCCCAGUAUUCCUCUCCCCGACCUAGUCCGAUAGCAGAAACGGUAACAAAUCACGUUAGCACCAUAUCCCCACCAAGCCAGGGUAGCAAUGCCAUGUGGAUGGAGCUGGGCCAAGGUGACAUGGGGAAGCUUAGCAAAGGGAUCGGUGGUAACAAACAAGAGAAGCCACCGGAUCCCAGAGUUCCGAACAUUCCAAGAGGGGACAUACCAACGAGGAUGGAUGGCCAACAAGGGAAAGUAUUAAGCGACGGUAAUGGGAAGGUAGGAGGGGGCCUCAAUGAGGAGGCUACCUCACUUUGA